GAACAAACCAACAAGACUGAACUUAUUUGAUCCACACAAGACACCUCCACCACCACCACCACCACCACAAUGUCUGGCGGUGACACUUCCAAGCUGAUCGGCGCAGUGAAGGACGGCCUGCACUCUGAAUGGGCCGAGUUCAAGAAAACCAAGAAGGUGAAAGCAAAGUCGGUGUGUCCGUACGCCAUAGGGGGCCUGCGGGACACCCCAGUGGCAGCUCUAGCAAGCAUCAGCGCUGGAGUGUGUGAGUGGGAGGAAUGUCUGAAGCACACCGUUGACCCCACAGUGGACCGGGAGAGAGGCGUCCUGCCUAGCGAGGUGAUGGUGGGGGCUGACGGAGCAGUGUGGAUGUACCCUGUCCGCCGCCACCUCCUGGUCGAUGCGACAGGAAGCACAAGUGGGAGUCGCGCUUCAUCUGCAUCAAAGCCCGAGAGAAAGACCUCAGCUGUGGUGGUGGGCGGGAAGACGAGGAACCUGCCGCCCAAGGCCUCACUGAUGGUGGCCGUGGAGCAGUCAGCCAACUACAUGCUGGACCACGUAAAGAGGAUGAGCGAGAGUGCCUACAUCAAUGGCAAUAACCAGCUGCUCUUCAUGUGUCUGGCCUCUGCCGCCCUCGUCCGCAGCCGCCUCAAUGCUUACAAGGAGGUUCUCAAGCAGCCUGUCACCAAGUCAAAAAGCAACACGCCAACAGCCCCCACAGGAUCAGAGAACCUGACAGCAGCUCUGGGGCGGUGUGGGGAAGUGGUGGAGUUCAUGAUGCAGAACAUUCUGAGCUACAACUGUGACAUGUUGUCCCUGGUCCUGCACGACGCACCAAGCCACGACUGGUUAAGUGCCAAGCUGUACCAGGAGGGCGCCCGCUGCUCCCUCACCAUUCAGAUGUGGGCCUUCUUCAUGCAAGGUUUGCGUAAUGAUCUGUGGCGCUUCACCUCCCCACGCAUCAGUGAAAGCAUUCUGGCGAGCAUCUUCACCGACACUCUCAGCCUCAUGGUCACCCGCUACUCCCAGAUUGAGACAAGUGACGUCCGGCUGCCCCAAUACUGUGGUGACAUUACAGCAAUCCUGACCAUCGUGGCGUCCUUCCUGCCGUCCCUCAUCACCUCCCCUGUCAUGCUGUUCAGUGUCAGAAUCCACGAAUCAGUCGCUCUACCCAUCCAUCGCCGUGCUGACCUGCUGCUCAAAGUGGCUGCCCUCAAGUGUGCUCCCAUUGAGAACCUGGCUCGAGUGUUUCAGAAAGGCUUUGACAGUGCGGUGAAGAGGAACAGUUAUCCAGAGAGUGUGACGAGCAUAGAGUCCACCCCAGCCUGGCUCACCUUCCUCAACCCGGCCCUGUUCCCUCGUGGCAAGACCUCUCUCAGCUACUUAGGGGAUCAGGUGGCUGUGUACCUCACCCUCCUCACUGCCGCCAGCCGACCCCAGCCACAGUACUCCCUUAUUGUGCGGGGGCUGCUGAUGCGUCACUUCCUGGGCACCAAGACCAUCCUGAGGGGGUUGCAGGACACACCAGGGCAGGUGACACGUGGGGAGCCCUGUGGUGGUCCACUGUGUAUGCCCCACCUCUGCACCCCGCCCCUCAUCCCCCACACUGUGUAUGCUGCUGUGGCCCAGAUCCUGGUGCUGUGUGUAGACUGUGUGCCGGUGCUGUGCAAGAUUGCCAGUCCAGGGAUCAAGGAAUCUGGGUUGUGGGACUCCUUGGAUCGCACUCAGGUGUGGAAUGUGCAGCGACCGCCCUGGCACCACGCCCUCGUGCAGCUGCUCACCCCAAGUGUGGUUGGGGUUGUGGCAGAGGUUCUGCGUGCUGUGCCACCUCAACCUCCUGCCAAGCCAGCUCACCCCAGCCAGCUGUCAGUGAGGCUGGAGCACCACCUGGCAGCCUGGACACUGCAGCUGCUCACAGGAAUGGAGGGGAUGGCUAACAUGGUGCCUCUCUCUGUUAUCUACACGGCACAUGCUAUCAAUGGUUGUCUGCCGCCCACCAUCAAGCCCACUGGAGGACAUAUCAUCACACAGCUUGUGGUGAGUGCAAUCUACUCCGUCAUCAACUCCCGCGCCUCCCUGGACCAGCUAAGCGACACACCAAUCACGGACGGGCAGUGGGACAUGAUGAUUGCUGUCGGGGAACGCCUCUGCUCGCUCCACGACGGAAAUUACGACUCUCACCUGAAGCGCAUGACCAUCGCCCUGCUGGCCCAACUGGAGGACUUUGAGGAGGAGAGUGAGGAAGACAGCCUUGAUGAGUACACAGAUGAGGACGUCAUUGAGAGUCUGUGCACGGCGCUGGCCAACACUGUGCUGUCCACGGUGCAGGGACAACACGCGCUGGUGGUGGUGUGGGAGUUCUUGAAGAGAAACAUGGAGUGGAUGCAGGAGAGUCUUGGAGCGCCAGCCAUUCUGUCCCCAGCCACAGAGCAGCCACGGCCACCUCUCUGUUUUGCCCCUGACCCACUCCUCUAUAACCCUCUCCACUACUACAAGCGAGCCAUCUACACACAGCUGGACCAGGAGAGUCUGAUGAGCUUCAAGGGAGACUGGGAGGCAGUGCUGUGGAGUGACCUUGGGCUGCCGAAGGGAACCAUGGUGGAAUUGAUCAAGAAACGUCCAGAGUUCCAGAACAAUGCUUACCUCAGCAAGAGCCAGAUAGCAGCAGUCAGGAAGCUGAGGCCGCUGCUGAAGGACCCUGACGAGGAGGAGGAGGAGAAGAAACAUUAAAUACUGUGUGGCAGUGACAAGUGAUCACUAUGUGUGACAGAAAGUGUUUUUUUCCUCUCAUUUGGUUAGGUUAAACAAACUUGUAUUGUUUAAUUCUUCAACAUUCUACACUAUCACUUUUUAUAUGUAUUUGAGAAGGAAAAGAUUGAGUUUUCUGGAGAUUUAACAAACAACCUGUAAUUCUUUAAUCAUUUUCUACAAUAUUACUUUGUAAUGUCUGCUGCAUGCAAGUACACUUUUUUCUGUCAAACAUUAUAUCACAAGUGCUUUGUCCAUCAGGGCCUGUGUGUUGACAGGCUGAGGCACAGAUGCCAACCUCUCUCCAGCACAAAAAAAAGAACGUAAGGACAUUGCUUCAUGUUAAGAGUUUGAAGAGGCUGGCUUAGUUUGAGAUGUAGGCAUAGUUGUGAUGAAGUGUAAUUACCUGCCACUCUCACUCCCACAGUAUUUUGUAGCACGAGUAGUCAUCGUGAAAUCAUUUGUAAAGUCUCUUUUAUCCAGAUAUUAACUUUUAGGUGGUGAGUUUAAGUUCUAGGCAUAGUUGUGGGCAGAAAUCUAGUCAGCAGCUACUCGCAUUCCCUUUGCUUUGUUAAAAAGAUAAGUGAUAUCGUGCCAUUGUCUUCUCUGCAGCAGGGCUGAUCCUAAGGUAACCAGAAAACUAAGAAAUGUGAAGGUGUGGAGUCUUGUUUGGAUCAGUGUGUGUGGGAUUGCUGGCAUGGUAUAUUGGAAGGAUAUGGUUGUAUUUCUCUUAUGUAACCAUUUAAAAUGCCCUCUAUACUGACUGUACUAGUCUCUAGAAAGACCACACACAUUACAGGAUAUAAUAUAAAUUGGAGUAACUUUUUCUUAGGAAUUAUAAAACAAAGAUAUUCAAUUACUUCAAAAAUAUCUUUAUUCACUGUACAUAUCUAAUUUACAUUGUUCAUAUUGUUGUUCAUAUUGUUGUUGUUACUGUUCUAUGUGUGAUGUGGGGCUGUGGGGAGUGACUGUGGUUCUUAAACAUACUGUGGGGGGAGGACAUGCUGUGGCUCUGAGAUGAAUUGAAUUGAGAGAGAGAGUGAGAGUAAGUGAGUGUUUUAUGUGUCGUGGGGGCUGUGGUGAGUGACUGUGGUUUGUAAACAUACUGUGGGGGUCCAUACUGUGGGCUGUGGUGUGAUGAGUUUUGAGAGAGAGAGAGAGUGAGUAUGGUGAAUAAAAGGGAAGGAGAAAUGGGCAGUUAGUAAACAAAAGUAUCACAUCUUUGUCAAACAGAAGUGAAUGAAUUACUGUGGAGUGAAUAGAAGAAAAACAAGAGUGGUUAUGAGUUUCUACCAAUACAACAGUGCAAAGGAAAAGUGGUGAACUGUAGUAAGGAAAAGGGUUAGGUAUGUGAGAACACAGAGAAGGCUAACAUGCAAGGCCAAAAAGAAAAGUUUAGUAUGACAGAACAAAGAGGAUGAAAAUAUUAACACAAGACCAAGAAGAAAAAAAAGUUUAGGAAAAGAUUUAGUAUGAAAGAACAGAGAAUGGAGAACACUAACAUGUAAGGCCAAGUGGGAAAAGGUUUAGUGCGAGAGAACUAAGAGGAUGAAAAGAUUAACAUGAAAGGCCAAGAGGAAAAACUUUUCAUAUGAGAGAAUAAAUAGGAUGAGAAGAUUAACAUGCAAGGCCAAGAGUACACUGAGUCUUCUGCUGUGCUGUCCCUAAGAAUGAGUUUCCAGACUGAUAGCUAAAUGCAUACAUCAAUAAAAAUAGCUAGCCAUAUACAUACAUCAAUAGAAAUAACUAUAUAUAAAUAGCCUUAAGGUGCGUUUACACGAUCGAACUAUGUUCGACGGACAAAAUCGUUACCAUAUCACAGGAGAAGCAGGAUGAUGCCAUAAACGGUGAAACGAUGGAAGCGGAUCUGGCAACAAGCAGUGGUACCAGACGAGGGUGUUUACUACCGUUUCGAAUCUGCUCACAGGGCAUAGACCGGUGGAAAAUGUUCGAAGGUGAUGUCCGUUGGUAAUUCAGGCAUUUAAUUCAGACUGUGUGACGUUUCGAUGCUGCGAACACGGACAGUGUCCGGUACACCACUUGGUGCUCGCUUCUGACGUCAUCAGCGAGCCUUUUCGCUUUCCACUGCUAGUUGGUAACAAUUAUGUCCGUCGAACAUUGUUCGAUUGUGUGAACACACCUUUACAUAUACACCAAUAGAAGUAGCUGUAUACAUAAACAGCCUUAUACAUACAAUAGAAAUACCUGUAUAUAUAAACAGGCAGACAUGUAAAUAAAACCAGCACCUUGA